AUGAACUUCGACAAUAAAUAUCUCUGGCAAAAUCUGGCUCAAGCGCUGCCGCUUGAGUUGGGACUUCAACUCUUUGGAACAGCACUUGGAUAUGUCUUCGCCAUUUUGGUGACUCCUAUCGACCUUGUGUGGAUAACGCGAAGUCAUCUCUGGUCAGUGAUUGGCAUUCAAAUACUCAGAACAUCCAUUGUUAUGCUCGCGAGUGGCCGCGACUCGAAUCACCUGGUAUACAAAACCGCCCCAAAGGAUCCUAACUGGAUAUUUGCUGGCCCGGAGUUCCACGCCCUCCAUCAUGUUUACCCCGAUCGCUACAUGGGUUCAUUUAUCAAACUAUUUGACUGGGUAUGGGGUACUGCUUACUCUUUUCGAGGGAAACGAUUUGUGAUCACGGGCGGAAGCGGAGCUUUUGGUCAAACUAUUGUUGCAGAGCUUCAGCAAGAAGGAGUACAGAGCAUUCGCAGCUUGAAGUUCGGCGUUGAUUGGGAUCAUCAGCACUUUGAAAAGGCUAUCGAAGCGCUUUCUGCAUGUGACGUCCUCAUCCUAGCCCACGGUACCAAAGGCCAAGACGCAGUGGAAUCGAGUUGCAAUUCAGCAGUCCAACUGGUGCAAUUAUUCAAACAGAAUAGAUCCUCCAACAAAACCAGUCCAACGCUCCCGGAAGUGUGGUACGUUGGCAGUGAAAUCGAAUUCCAUCCAGCCUUUGGAAAUACAGAGCUACAGCGUUACUCCGAAUCAAAACGGCGCUUUCUCCCACAUGCUCGUUCUUUCUUUGACGAUCCUGAUAUAAUUUACCGUCAUAUUGUCACACCGGCUUUUCAAUCACCAAUGGGGCCAGCUAUACUAUCAGCAGGCUGGGCAGCGAGGUGUACAAUGUGCUGGAUCCGGAGAGGUGCCCGAUACAUCCCUGUUACAUAUACGGGAUUUGCAUAUUUGAACUACUUCAAAUUUAUGUGUUGGGUUCCCUACGCUCAGGAUACAGACAAACUGUGA